GAAUCCUUGUCUUGAUCUGAUGGAAAUAUCUAUAAAUUUGAGUGGUUCUUAUGCUUAUUUCUCGAUUGAGUCCAAAUGUUGUUCCUGUUUGUCUUCGUAUUGAUGAUUUGGAGUUGUUGCAUUGUCGGAUUUUGUUGAUUGCGUCUCUGAAUUUGAGAAAAUUUUGUUUAAAACGUAAUGGUAGAUCGUCGAAACUCCGAAAGUGUAACUGAUAACCCCGCUGAUGAGCUGGUUGCCACACUAAACAAUAACAGGACUGCACACAAGGAAUCAGCCCUUUACGACAAUCCAGGCCUGGCUUGCAUUGCUCUACAAUACAUAAAAGCAUACCAAGGCAGUUGUGGUGAAGUGGGGGGUGAGGAUGCCAAGAAGCCUGCAGAAUCUCAAUUUGCUGAAACUUUUGCUCCCAACUGUGGUGUGCAGGUCUCAACCCUCACCCAAAUCACUGGCCGUUUACUUGGCUGCGAGACCAAAUAUGUCAGCCCCGCUGAAGCUUUCUCAGAAAUUCUAAUGAAAAACAGUAAGAGCUUGGAAAUUCUUUACAGUAAGAACCACACAGAGUUAGGAGCUGCAGUGAGUGGCUCUGAUGGUGGAGCUCCCUACUUCUGGUGUGUGCUGUUCAGCAAUGGCAAAAGCAAUAGCAGCUUUGUUUUGGAUGGAGGCGUAGCAAAGAUAUCGAAACCUGGGUGCUUCAGCGGUGCCAAUGAUCAGUGCAGCAGUGCAGACGAUUGGUCACAAACCCGUCGCUUGUGGCCCUAUGCCGCUGGAUUAUUGAUUGCACUGGGACAUGCCUUUGGCUGAUGAUGAUGAUGAUGAUACUCCAUGGCAUUUGGAUUGUCUUAGGCUUUGAUUUGAAGCCUCCUUUUGUUCUGUUGUAUCAGUUCUAUAAUUCAUUUUCUGAUUCCUAUUCUCUUUUGCUUCAUUUUCGAGUGUAAGUCCACGCAAGCUGUACUGUUAAUAUGUUUUUUCACGAGAAAACCUGGGAAAUUUGUCCUCUUAAAUUUAUUGCAUCCAAUGCAGUUUCCCUGUUCGGGUUUUUUCUUUUA